CGCUGUCUGACUGUCAUGCAAAACAGUCAGUCUUUCACUCUGGGUGGGACCCGCCACCAUGGGAGGCAGGUCAAAGCUGCGGGUACUUAAGGUGGAUCCCUCUCAGCUAGUGCAGCAGUGAGACCUGUGCUUCGGAAGCAAAAUGUCUUUCCUCAAGGUUGUCGCCCUCAUCGCCCUCGUGGCAGCUGCCUCCGCCCGCCCAGAGUCUGGACAUUCCGCCCCCGCCCCGGCUGCUGGUUACGGCUACGCCCCUCCUCCUCCCCCACCUGCAAAACCCGAAUACUCCUUCGACUGGGCCGUGAAGGACGACUACGCCGGCCUUGACUUUGGCCAAAAUGAACACCGCGACGGCUACAACACCGAGGGCGCCCACCACGUGCUGCUCCCCGACGGCCGCGUGCAGAAGAUCGUCUACAAGGUAAGCAAGGACGGCGGCUUCAUGGCUACCGUGGAGUACGAGGGCGAGAUCAGACACGAGCCCAAGGGUUACGGCAAGACCCCGGCCCCCGCCUACACUCAGCCGCCGGCUUACAGACCCCAGCCCACACCUGCCUACGGCAACGCCUAAUUCCCCGAACUCUCCAGAUGAAGUGAUCUGAAACCUGCACAAGAGUCUCUCUCUCAUCAAAUAUUUUACUUCUAAGUAACUUAUUAUUUUAUUUGUGCUAGUGAAUUAAAGCAGCAGUAAAGGA